GAUCAGGCAGGAGUUGCUCGCACAGGAUACACACAGACAUUGGAUGCUCCCGGCUCCGGCAUGUUGAGUGUGGGCCAAGUUGGAGGCGAGAGCAGCUGGGCAGUGGCACACAUCGCGCCCUCAGAGCCGAGUGACAUUGGCACAGUACGGAGGGUGGCAGCUGCAUGGAUGUGAUGGAGGUGCUGGAGGAAGAUCUAACGUGCCCAAUCUGCUGUAGCCUUUUUGAUGACCCAAGAGUCUUACCUUGUUCACACAACUUCUGCAAGAAAUGUUUGGAUGGUGUUCUGGAAGAGAACUCUCGGACUAUGCAGUGGAGGCCUUCCUCUUUCAAAUGCCCCACAUGCCGUAAAGAGACCCCAACAAUGGGCGUUAAUGGCCUUCAGGUAAACUAUUUGCUUAAAGGCAUUGUAGAAAAAUACAACAAAAUUAAGGUUUCACCAAAGAUGCCUGUCUGUAAGGAGCACAGUGAUCAGCCUCUCAAUAUUUUUUGCUCUACUGACUUAAAGCUGAUUUGUGGGAGCUGUGCCACCACUGGAGAACACAAGAAGCAUGUAUUUUCCUCCAUUGGGGAUGCUUACAUUCAAGAGAAAAGCUCUUUGGAGACCUUAUUUCAGGGUGUUGAAGAGUGGAAUAGCAAAGAGGUUCACUCCCACCUGGACACCUUAGAAUCUAACAAAAGAAAGGCUCUUCAUUCACUUGCCAAGGAGUCGGACAAAGUCAAGGCCUAUUUUGAAAAACUCCAGUAUCUGCUGGAACAGAAGAAAAAUGAAAUCCUCUCCGAUUUCGAGACCUUGAAGCUUGCUGUGAUGCAGGCCUACGACACUGAGAUAAACAAGCUCCAUACAGUUCUCAGUGAACAGCGAAAGGCUUGUAAUAUUGUUGAAGACCUUAAGAAUAUAUCUGAUCCUUUUAUGUUCCUACAGCAGAUGCAGGAAUUUAGGGAUAAGAUGUCAUUUAUCAAGGAAGCCCCUUUGACUACUGGGCAAGAUGUCAAUGUCAAUCCAGCCAUGAAGGAGUUUGAUACAAGCAUGUGGGACAGCAUUAAACUGGGGGAAGUGGAUAAACUAUCCCUACCACAAGACAUAACCAGCAAAAAAGAGCCUGGAGAUGCCAAGACCUUGCAUAGUUUGAAGCCAAUUUUGGUGGUUGCCUGUCUAAUUCUUUUGCUAGUGACAUUCCUUUGUGCAUAUCCUUUUAUUGACAGCCUUCCAACCUUCACUAUUGACCUGCAGGUGAUAUCUUCAUACUUCUUUACCACAACAGCAAAAGCAGCCAACCUAACCAUCCUGUUCUGGGAGCAGCUUUCUGAAGAAUUACUUAUCUUAAAACAAAGGUGCCAGACAUAUGUCUCUGUGUUUCUGGAGAACGUAGCGGAAUUUGUUUGUAAAUAUAAGUUAUAAAAUAUGGAUAAUUUGUCAGUGCAGCCGAUGCACCUGUUUCAUGUGCUAAAACCUUCACUGUGUGGGAACUUGUAUUCUUUCAUGUAUUUAAAUAUUAGAACAUUUAUACAUGGUGUCCUGGGAUAGUGAUACCUGUAUGCUUCCAAACACUGGAACCAAUGAUACAUGUAUGCUUCCAAGCAGGGUGUCCUGGGAUAGUGAUACCUGUAUGCUUCCAAACACUGGAACCAAUGAUACAUGUAUGCUUCCAAGCAGGGUGUCCUGGGAUAGUGAUACCUGUAUGCUUCCAAACACUGGAACCAAUGAUACAUGUAUGCUUCCAAGCAGGGUGUCCUGGGAUAGUGAUACCUGUAUGCUUCCAAACACUGGAACCAAUGAUACAUGUAUGCUUCCAAGCAGGGUGUCCUGGGAUAGUGAUACCUGUAUGCUUCCAAACACUGGAACCAAUGAUACAUGUAUGCUUCCAAGCAGGGUGUCCUGGGAUAGUGAUACCUGUAUGCUUCCAAACACUGGAACCAAUGAUACAUUUAUGCUUCCAAGCGCUGAAAUUAGGGAUGUAUCAUAUCCACAUUUUUCAGAUCUUGCAAAUUAGUGACGUAAUCUCAACAAAACAAAGUGCUUGAAAAUUGUAAGGGUUCGGAUUCAAUUUGGCCAGACACUCAGAUUCAACUCAAUCCUGCUGAAAAGCCAAAUCCCAAAGCAAAUCCUUUAUUCGAUGCACCCCUAACUGAUAUAGUAUUAUGCCUAUGCACAGUCUGCUAGAACAGUGGGACAUAUUUGCUUCUACACACUGGAACAGUCUUAUUGAAUUUUACAUGGAGACUAUUCAUCAAAUAGUGUAGCAGUUAAACAUGGCACAAUCUCUUUCAUUUUAUGUACUGUCCAAUUCAGCACAAGUUUGUACAUUUCUAAAAUAUUAGCUACGAUGUUCAUUAGACAUUUGUUGUACAACAUCUAAGGGAAACCAAUUUUUUAUGAUUGUUUUGUCAGUUAGUGGGAAUUAUACUCAAAAAGAAAAUGGUUAAAAUAUAAACCAUAUGUUUACAGGA